AGGUAAGCAGUAUUAUUCUUGCAGGGACACCAAGAAGUUCUCUUCCAUUGACACAGAUUAUUGACCAAGCGUGUCAAGAGGCAGAAGCUUACAAGGAUGCUGGAGUUGAUGGCUUGCUGGUAGAAAACAUGCAUGACGUUCCUUACACGGUGUGCCCUGGGCCCGAGGUGACGGCAGCAAUGACAGUCAUCAGUGCUGCGGUGAGACACGCCUGCCCCCGGCUCGCGCUGGGUGUCCAGGUCCUGUGUGCCGCAAAUCAACAGGCGAUAGCCGUCGCUCUGGCUGCAGGUCUUGAUUUUAUCCGGGCUGAAGGGUUUGUGUUUUCUCAUGUUGCUGAUGAAGGGAUUCUAAAUGCCUGUGCAGGUAACCUGCUACGAUACAGAAAGCAAGUUGGAGCAGAGAACAUUCAGAUUUUUGCUGAUAUUAAAAAGAAACAUAGUGCUCACGCUCUGACGGCAGAUGUUGGUGUGGCCGAGACCGCGUUGGCUGCCGAGCUCUUCCUGGCUGAUGGGGUUGUACUGACUGGCACGGCUACGGGAUUGCCCGCAGAUCCUCAGGAGCUGAAAGAGGUUAAACAUGCUGUGAAGAUUCCUGUGCUGAUCGGGUCUGGAGUGACUCUGGAGAAUGUGAGGAAUUAUUUGGAUGCAAACGCUCUAAUAAUCGGUUCGUAUUUCAAGAAAGAAGGUUAUUGGGCAAAUGGUGUUGAUCCUGACCGGGUAAAGAAAUUUAUGGAACAUAUAAGUAAAUUGAGAGAAUGA